AUGGUUCUUCACGAGUACACCUACGUCUUCGCCAUCGGCACGUGCUUCGCCCUGCUCGAGGCCUACAACAACGACGAUGUUGCCAACGCUUGGGCGACCUCCGUGUCGUCCCGUUCCGUUACCUACCGCCAGGCCAUGCUCCUGUGUCUUGUCUUUGAGAUGACCGGUGCCUUGGCAGUUGGCGCCCGCACUGCCUCGACCAUCAAGAACGGUAUCAUCCCCAUCGAGGCCUUCGACGGCAACGCUGGCGUUCAGCUGCUCGCCUUUGCCUGCGCCUCGGCCGGUGCCGCCAUCUGGGUCAUGUGGUGCACGCGCAACUCAGCUCACGUUUCGUCCACCUACUCCCUCGUCUCGUCCAUUGCCGGUGUCGGUGUCGCUGCUGUCGGUGCGAGCAACGUCGAGUGGGGAUGGAGCGGCGGUUCUGGCCUCGGUGCCAUUUUCGCCGGUCUCGCCAUGGCCCCCGCCAUCUCCGCCCUCUUCGCUGCCACCAUCUUCAUGCUGGUUAAGCUGACUGUCCACCUCCGCACCAACCCCGUGCCCUGGGCCGUCUGGACCUCUCCCUUCUUCUUCCUCAUCGCCGGUACCGUCUGUACGCUGUCGAUCGUUUACAAGGGCUCUCCCCGUCUCGGCCUCGCCAAGAAGCCCCCUUCGUUCAUUGCCGGUGUCUCGCUCGGCACUGGUUUCGCUCUGGCUCUCCUUUCUGCCCUCUUCUUCGUUCCCUAUGUCCACGCCAAGGUUAUCAAGAAGGACAACACCCUUCGCUGGUACAACGUCUUCCAGGGCCCCCUCCUCUUCCGGCGCCCGGCCCCUGCCGGUGCUGAGUUCGCCGAUGUUCCCGACUACGCUGUCAUGAAGCACGGUGGUGAGGACGAUGAUGAGGAGAACCAGGACGGUCCCGAGCAGGGCAUCAAGGGCGAUGUCAUCAACGACAAGUCUAGCGCCAACGACAAGUCCAGUGCCGACGACAUCACCGCCUCCAUCCCCGCCGAGAAGCACCAGGCUGUCGCCCGCGACAACGAGAAGGCCCUCAUGUACAACGAGACGCCUCAGGAAGCCUACAAGCGCCUCUUGAAGCGUGCUCGCGAGCGCCACCACGCCUCCCUUCGCAAGCAGCGCGGUCCCCUCGGCUGGGCCAUGCGUCUUCUCCACAACAACCCCAUGGGCGCCGGUUCCGUCUACGAGCUCCACAACCUCAAGGCCAUCUGCGUCCGUCUGCCCGCUCAGGUCGUUGUCGCCCUCACCUACGGUAUCAGCUACGACAUCCACAAGGCCCAGGUCGGUGUCCUCGGCACCCCUGAGGGUCGCCGCAUGGACCGCGUCUACAAGCACGCUCCCAAGUACGCCAACGAGGUCGAGCACCUGUACUCCUUCGUCCAAGUUAUCACGGCCUGUACCGCCUCUUUCGCUCACGGUGCCAACGACGUCGGCAACGCCGUCGGUGUCUGGGCCGGCAUGUACGCUGCCUGGAGCACCGGCAGGACCGCCGCUUCCAAGGAGCCUGUUCCCCUGUGGCAGAUUGCCGUCGUGGCUCUCACCAUUUGCCUCGGUUUCAUCACCUACGGUUACAACAUCAUGAAGGUCAUGGGCAACAAGAUCACCUACCACUCCCCCUCGCGUGGCUCCUCCAUGGAGAUGGGCGCCGCCAUCACCAUCCUUAUCUUCUCCCAGUACUCUCUGCCCGUCUCCACCUCCAUGUGCAUCACCGGCGCCACCGUCGGCGUCGGUCUGUGCAACGGCACCUUCAAGGCCGUCAACUGGCAGCGUGUUGGCCUCCUCAUGUUCUCCUGGAUCAUGACCAUCCCCAUCGCCGGCGCCAUCGGCGGUCUCCUCAUGGCUCUUGCGGUGAACACACCCAGCUUUGCUUAG